ACCGCGGCUCCCCGGUAAGAGCGCCUUUAGAGCGGCCGGAGAGCCGUUUGUGCGCUGCAGCUUGUGCUCGGGAGCUGUUUAUCGCUCAUUCACAGUGAAAUAAAUGGGUUUUUAUCGUCAUUUUAAAGCUUUGCGAAGCGACACGAAGCCGAAGGUACAGAAGCGAACGGUCUCGGCGGGUGGAGAACAGAGGUGGUGCUCCUGCUGCGAGGAGGACGAGGCCAGCUCCCGAUUCGACUUCCCCGGUCCGCCUUAAACGGUGCAGCACUACAGCAGUAAGUCAGCGGCUGUAGUUGCCAUUUAAGGUGGGCCGGAGAAUCGAGACCUGUUCGGGGAGAAUUUUGGUCUAAAACGCCGAAGCUCCAAAAUGAGAUGACUGUCCAUAAUCUGUACAUAUUUGACCGCAACGGAACCUGUCUGCACUACAGCGAGUGGAACCGUAAGAAGCAGGCGGGGAUCUCCAAAGAGGAGGAGUUUAAGCUGAUGUACGGGAUGCUGUUCUCCAUCCGCUCCUUCGUCAGCAAGAUGUCUCCACUUGACAUGAAGGACGGGUUUAUCGCCUUCCAGACGAGUCGGUACAAACUUCACUAUUAUGAGACCCCCACGGGCAUUAAGCUGGUGAUGAACACUGACCUGGGGGUCCCGAACUGCAGGGACAUUCUACACCAGCUCUACAGCACGGUGUAUGUGGAGUACAUAGUGAAGAACCCGCUGUGCAUGCUGGGAGAGACCCUGCAGAGCGAACUGUUCUCCAGCAGGCUGGAUUCCUUCAUCAGAGCGCUGCCCUUCUUCAGCGUCCGUGCAGCCUGAGGACCACUGCUACCACCGGGGGGCGCCUGUCUGUUUGUAUUGUGUAAAAUAUUGUUCAUAUUUAUUGCUUUUUUUCCUGUGCAGUCUGAUUCCUCCAGCUGUCCAAUGAGGUGCCUGUUCCUCCACUCUAAUUUAAAUAUUCAUGAGUAACCACGUUCAGACUGUCUGAUUUGUUGCUGUUGUUCGGAUUCAGGCUGUUUGAUCUGAGGACGGACUGGAGCGAAGCUGCUUUUAACACAGUUCUAAUGGUUAAGGACUGAAUGUGAUCAUACUGCCAUGUUCUGUGAUUAUGAUUUGUAUUUCGGUGAAUUAAAAUCUUUAACAUGAUCA